GCCGCGGCUCCUCCCCCCUGUCUCGAGCCGGGCAAGAUGGCGGCGCCCCCUGAGCCCGGCGGCCUGAACGCCGCGCCGCGGUGGCCGCUGAGGCGCUACAGCCGGUUUCUGCCGAAGGCCACGGCGGGCGACAGCACCUCGUCGUGGAAGGUUUUUAACUCCAGCGAAAGUGCGGGACAGCUGGAGUUGACCAUCGUCCAGUCAGGACAUUUCCUCAUCACACAGGGACAUGGCCUGCUGGAAGGGUUCUCGCUUCUCAAUGCUUCUAACUUCCUGAAAGUGAUCCAAAAAACAGACAUCCUGCUGUUCAGGUUUAAGAUAAAGAGCGAGAGCCGCAUGUUCCGGGUGCAGUUCGAGGGGAGCAGCAAGGAGGAGGCUCUGGAGCAGUGCCAGAGUGCAGUAAUCGCACUGCAGCAGUACCUGUUCGUGGAAAGCACUCCGGUCCAAGGUGAAGCUUCUUCUGCCGACACACACUCUGCAGAGCGCAAGAUCAGUGAAGGUGAGGGAUCUGGAGCCACAUCUGAAAUUAAUCAGGGUUCAAUACCAAUCCGACUUCUGGCACAGUCCUUCCUGGGGGAGUCCAAACUUACCCUUCCACUCGCGUACCGGCACCCCACUCUGCCCACGGAGCAGCUGGGGCCCUUCCUGCAGCUCUGCCUCCUAGAUCAGAACUUCCCAGCCUUCGUUGAGCAGGUGGAGCGCGAGCUGAAGAAGCUGGCCAGGUGAGGGGCGUGGCUACUGCCACAGCGAGGAAAGGCAGAUCUUCGCGUGCAGCUGUACCUCGAAUAUUUUUGGAACUCCGAAUGGAUAUUCCAAUGUUUUGUGUUAAUGCCUGGAUGUUUAGAUAAAAUAAAGAAUGGUCACAUCAGCUCCAAGA